GAGUGAGCUGAUUGGACAUUAAAGUGUUGCAGUAAAAGACAUUGUUCUCUGUCCAACAACCAAGAGGCCCACUUUGACUUCGCUACAGACCCAGGACUUCAGUUCCAGAGUUGGAUGAAACCAGCAAGCAUUUCCCCAUCAGAUAUAAAACCCCACCAAACACUCACAGCUGAGGAUCAAAAGUGAAGCCAUCCACCCAGGACCAGGUCCCCUCCAGGGAGAAGACGUUCAGGCCGAUCCAAAAGAACAUCCCAUCUUCAAUCUGACUCAGUAUGAAAUCCUGCCAAGGAGAUGCCAACACAGCUAGGAUUUGAUAGGAAGGAAUAGGAUCAUCACACCAGGCUUCAGAGUUGCCCCUUUCACCUUUGGGUGAUUGAGAUAACCCAAGGCUGCCUGGAGAACCGACUUUUCAUCCUCCAGCCAUGGAUAGAAAUGGGUUGGUCUACGCUGAUUUGAACUUCCUGGAAGAACCUUCACCCUCCAGACCGCCACACCCAUGCCAGCCCCAGGGCUCCUUUCAGGAUUCCUCAGCGCAUCUGACUGUUCUGAAAUUAUUAGCUUCUGGAAUCAUUAUACUCAUUGCAGCUGUGAUAGGGCUGAGCACCUGGGUUAUUUACCUAAGAAGUUUCUCUUCAAGCAAAAUUCAAGCCGGUUGUAAUUAUCUAAACAACGCAAACACUACAAACUCCAGCUCCGCAGAUGCUGAGCCACAAAACUGCCCUUCCCAGUGGAAGUUUCACCAAGGGAAAUGCUAUCUAUUUUCCAGAGGGGAGAAAAACUGGGCUGAGAGUCAAGCAGAUUGCACAGAGAAGGAGUCAAGUAUGGUGUUGAUUCAAGAUGUACGUGACCUGGAAUUUGUACAGAACACGAUCCUCACAGGAGCCAUGUUUUGGAUUGGACUCAGAGCUUCCUCCUCGGGGACGGCCUGGACAUGGAUUGACCAUUCUCCAUAUAACCAGUCUCUGUUCGCCAUCACAGGGGGCCCAAAUGUGGACUUCUGUGUUCAGCUGUCAAAGAGAGGAGUUUAUUCGGACAGCUGUGAAAGUGAAAUUAACUGGAUUUGCCAGAAAAAUGUUUCGUCUUAACACCAUGUGAGUGUCCUGUAAGUUGGAUAAUGUCUCAGAUGUGCCUGGAGCCCAAGCCAACCCUCCCUGAAAACCAAUUAUGGUAUAGAGCCCUAGCAACCAACAACAGGGCACCCCCUCAAGAUGGAUCUACCCCUUCCACACUGACUUUUCAGACAGAACUGGGACGACAAAGAACCAUGUGGCAACUGGGAAAGAGCAACGGCAAACAUCCUGAGUGAUGGAGACACUUGUAGGGACAAAGCCAUGAUGGCGAGAAGGAAGGGAGGGGAUUCCCAACUCCACAGUCACUUCUGGGACCCUCUGUAUCUCCUGGGGCUUGAGGAGGCUGAGAAGGUCUGAGAUGGUGUGAGAAGGUUGAUUUGAGAGCUAAACGUUCUCAUCCUUACUUGUUACCCCUUUGUUGUUGUCCCCACCAUCCUUCCUCUCCCCGCCGCCCCUGCAGCCCAGAGUUCACGGCCUUCCCCUCCACCCUGCCCCCUCCCCGCUCUACCCUUUGUCCCCCACUGGCCCUCAGCAAGAAGGAAAAAUGACAAAAAGGAAA